UCAUUUGCGUUCUGAUGUAUACUUUUUUUGUCCGGUGCUACGGAACCGGACGCCUCUGCUCCCGGUCCAGCGGUUCGGGACCUGCAGAACUCGUUCACAUUGUUUACAGCGCGCCCCUCCCCCACCGGCUCCCAGGCUCCUCCCACUCCCCCGCUAGCUUUAGCCGUCGCUGGAAGAAAUGGUCGGAACCGCCGUCCGGCUGAAUACAAAAUGAAGUUUUAGAGCUCGCUGGACGAGCGUCCGUCCCGCUCUUUCCGCAGGAGGGAAUCGAACUCUGACAUUUACAAACAAAGAUGGCGCUCUGGCGGGCUAAUGCGCGGCUAGCCUCCUGGCUACAGCUCUGAGCUAGCUAGCCGGCUAGCUCCGGGUGAGCCGGGUCGUCGAGGGUCCAGUUCGGCCGGUUUCGCCUCUCGUGUCGGUUUUUGUGCCAUGUCAGCAGCCGUUUCACGGAGCCAGGAAGCCGAUGGGUCCUGCUGAGUGACGAGCGCGGCUCGCCGGCAGCAGGAGCUCGGUGCCGCCCGCUGGAGGCGGUCCGGUUCGGGUCUCGGUGCCGGGAGGAUGGCCUUUCACGGCGCCGGCAGGCAGACCGUCUGUGGAGACCUGUUUCCGGGCUCGGAGCUCGGUCACAAGUAUUUCUGCGUCAGCUCCUCGUGCGGGGCUCCGUCCACGGGCCUCAGCGCCACGCCGUGCCUGACCGGACCCACCGCCCCGGCGGGGACCCCGCGCCACCCCACCGCGCUGGGGGGCAGCGCCGGCGGGGGAGCGGCGGUCCCGCAGCCCUUCAGCAACCCGGCCAGCGAGGUGCCCAGCCCGGCCGAGAUGGAACCGGACCGGCCCAUUGGAUACGGCGCGUUCGGGGUGGUUUGGUCCGUGACGGAUCCUCGUGACGGUCGGAAGGUGGCCUUGAAGAAGAUGCCCAACGUCUUCCAGAACCUGGUCUCCUGUAAGAGGGUCUUCAGAGAGCUGAGGAUGCUGUGCUUCUUCAAACACGACAACGUUCUGUCGGCUCUGGACAUCCUGCAGCCUCCACAGAUCGACUGCUUUGAGGAGAUAUACGUGAUCACGGAGCUGAUGCAGAGCGACCUCCACAAAGUCAUCGUGUCUCCUCAGCCGCUCACCACCGACCACAUCAAGGUCUUCCUGUACCAGAUCCUCCGAGGUCUGAAGUACCUGCACUCGGCGGGUAUUCUGCACCGCGACAUCAAACCCGGGAACCUGCUGGUCAACAGUAACUGCCUGCUGAAGAUCUGCGACUUUGGGCUGGCGCGCGUGGAGGAGCCGGACCAGUCGCGUCACAUGACCCAGGAGGUGGUGACGCAGUACUACAGGGCGCCGGAGGUGCUGAUGGGCUGCCGGCACUACGGCUCGGCCAUCGACGUGUGGUCGGUGGGCUGCAUCUUCGCCGAGCUGCUGGGGAGGAGGAUCCUCUUCCAGGCUCAGAGCCCCAUCCAGCAGCUCGACCUGAUCACCGACCUGCUGGGGACUCCGCCCCUUUCAGCCCUGGCGUCGGCCUGCGAGGGCGCCCGGGCCCACAUCCUGCGGGGGCCCCACAAACCGCCGUCCCUGUCGGUGCUCUACAUGCUGUCGGACGGAGCCACGCACGAGGCCGUGCACCUGCUGUGCCGCAUGCUGGUCUUCGACCCGGCCAAGAGGAUCUCGGGCAGCGACGCGCUGUCCCACCCGUACCUGGACGAGGGCCGGCUGCGCUACCACACCUGCAUGUGCCAGUGCUGCUACUCCGUCCCCAGUGGGCGGGUCUACACGCGCGACUUCGAGCCGGUGGCGGAGCGGCCGUUCAGCCACAGCUACGAGAACAGCCUGCUGUCGGUGUGGCAGGGCAAAGAGCUGAUCCACCGCUUCAUCACGGAGCACCAGCAGGGCAAGCGAGUGCCGCUCUGCAUCAACCCGCAGAGCGCCGCCUUCAAGACCUUCAUCAGGUCCACGGCGUGGCACUCCUCCAAGGUGUCUCGGAAGGAGGAGAGAUGAAGGUCCUGAGGAGGAUCCCCAUCCACGAGCAAGACUUUUUUUUUUUUUUCCCUCCUCUGUCUAAAGGGGAAAUGACCUGCCCAACAAGCCCCGCCCCCUGACAGUCACCCCACCCACUUUUAAUUUAUAUUUUGGCGAUUUGAGUGAAAAUGUUUGACAGGAACUCGAGGUUUUCUCAGACGCUUGAAGGAAAAGAUGCUGUUAUAGGACUGGACUCUGCAGGACUCAGACCUGGACUCUGGACCGGACCGGGCCGGGCCGGGCUUCCAGCAGAGACGUUGGUCACUUUUCUGUUGCUGCGUCUGUGAAGUCGAUCCAGCCGCGGCCCCCCGGGCUGAGCCGACGCUCAGUUGCCAACAUGCUUGGGAUCAUGUGACCACCCAAACGCCACAAAGGGUUUUUGUUUCCUCAGCAUUCAGCUGCAUAACUCACUGUGUUCUCGCCGUGGCGGCGUUCUCGAUGGUUGCCUAGACGACAGAUGUAGCAGCCUUGACCAGCCGGUCAUUAUCGUUGUGGUCCAGGAUCAGAUGUUCCUGCAGUUUUAUUCUGAAAAUCCUAACAGGAAGAGCUGCUUAACUGAGCGGAAGUGAAGUUCUGCUGAGAUGAAGCCAAACUGAUGGAGCGGCGGCUUCUUCUGCGCUCCGCUUUGAACGCGGCGUUUCUCUGCUCGUUUGACGGCGUUUCCGUCACCUCUGCCGGUCCGGUUACCUCAAACCCUCUGUAAUAAAGACACGAGCUCCUGGGCGGAGCUUCUGUCCCGGAGCGCCCCCUGCAACCUUAACGCCAUUCCUCCGGACUCUACUUACCUCGAAGUCGCUCCUGCGUCGGCGCGGCGAGCGUUUGACGGAAGGAAGGAUGUUGUUGGUGAAAUGCUGCUGUUGUUUGUGUUUAGUUUAAGGCUCAGGUGUCCCGCUGUAGAACUGUAGAAACUGUAAAGCCACGCCCACAUCCCGGUUCUGACGGUCCAGCUUCCAAACCCGUGCUUUUUCACCAGAACCGAAGGCUUCAGCUCCAGAACUGAAGGUUCCUCCAGCCGUCCUCCGAGUUCACAAGCUAACGGAUCCGGUUCUGCUGAGGAGCAGAACUCCAUCAAUUCUGAACCUAAAAACAUUUUGACCCAUCACUCGGUUCUGGUGGGUUCAUCGGGGCAGUUUCCUCUAAACACGAAUGUUUCUGAACCAUGCUGCUAAGUUAGCAUGAGUUAGCCGCUGCAGCCAAACUGUUAGCUUUAGCCAAUCAUCCGUUAGCUUAACUGCUAAAACAAACCAGUUAGCAAUAAUCAUUCUGACUCCAGCGGACGAUGCUUUUAGAGUAACAUCCGAAAAAUGAUCUUACCCAGAAUUCUUGUCUCAGAAAAGAUGUUUUAGUCACUAAAACGUUUUCUCAAACUAAUAUUUUACUGUUAAAAAGUUUCCUGAUAAAAUAAUUCUUCCUAAGACAGAAAAUACUUUUUCCUUUCUCCAGACUUUUGCAGUUUGAAUACUUAGCGUAGCUAACAGGAAGUAGCUGUUAUGCUAAUGAAUGCUAACCUUAGUUAGCAUAACUUCAGCUAAGUGAGGUUUUUGUUGUUGCCGUUAGUCUCCGAUGAGUUCUGGUUGUGAUCUGAGGUGAUCCACCAAUAUCUCUGGUUGGAGGUUUGGGUCAGAAUCCAGAGCCGGUUUCAGAGAUCCAGGUUCUGCAGAGUCUGAAAACGGAUCCAGAGAAAUGAGUUAAUAUUUGUGGCGAUGUUUGGAACUCUGAGGUUUCUGGGUUCCAGAUUGUCAUGAUCUGAAAUGGGGAUCAGGUUCUGGUUCUGGUGGUUCGGAUCUGUUACAGAUUCGGGAUUGUCAGCAUAUUCUGAACUUCUGACGUCCUGAAAGUUCAGAAAGGUUUUUAAAGAUGAGACUAAUCUGACCGGGCCUCUCCUGACCCGCUUACAGAAGAACCUGGAACUUUGGACGAAACCGGCUCUGGUACCAGAACUUGGGUCUGGUACCAGAACCCUGCUCUUAAUUCGUUACCGUGAAAAGAACCAGUUCUGAAUGGAGCUCUUCAGGCUGGAGGAUAGCUCUGGAGGAACCUUCAGCUUCUGGAGCAGCUGGGUCAGUUUGGACCCCAGUAGGCGGGUCCUGUUGGCCCGUGCUCGUGUAAAUUGAUUCCUGUGAGAGCGCCGGCGUGAGCGCUGACGGCGUGGGUUCCUGGUUUUAGUUUAGCUGUGAUCCGGUCAGACCCGGUUCCAGGAGACCGUUCCGGGUUCUUUCCCUUAAACACAUUUUCUGGCGCUGAUCAUGUUGAGCCCCACAUUUCUCCAGGCUCCGCCCCCUCCUUGCUAGUGAGGUCGGCAGCAGCUGGACCUGAUCUACCUGUCAGGUUUUCCCGCUCCAGUCCUGGGAUCGGCCCCGGCGUCCGCUCGAGCGGGGCGGGCCGGCGUCCGAUCGUCUGUAGAGUUUAGAUCGUUUCUCCAACAAACUUGAUGUUUCUUCUUCUAAAUAUGAUGUUUUGGUCUUUGUUUUAGCUCAAAGGUUUCUGACUUGUGUUCCCAGAAAAUACUUGAAUUUCUUAUCAAAUGUUUAGUUAAAGUAGUGAAUGACAAACGACUAAGUCAAUAAACGGACACUGGACCACA